AUGGCCAAAAGCACAGCAGCAGAAAUCCAAGCCGCAGUGCAAAAAGAGCUUGCGGAUACGCCCUACGCAGCCACCUCACUGCGGGCACUGUCCGGCGGCAACGCCAACUUUAUCUACCAUGCUAAGCUUCAAGCGCCCCUGCCCGACGGACGUUGCGAUGUCGUGGUAAAGCACGGUGAAGGCUAUGUCGCCACGAGUCCUGAAUUUGCCAUUACCGUUGCCCGCUGUAAGGUGGAAGAGGCCGUUCUACGGUACAUGGCGCGUUUCCCAGCAUUCCCCAGGAUACUCACGUUCCACACCCGGACGCCGACGCUGCUGUACUUCAACCCGGCGACGAGCACCAACGUGCAGGAGUACCUGCCCGAGGCGCUGAGCCUGAAGCACUACGCGCUGCAGCACUUCAAGACGGCGACUGCGGACUCGCUGGCGCGGCCGCACUGCUACUCGCUGGGCCUGUCGCUCGGCAUGUGGCUGCGCAUGUUCCAUAGAUGGGUGCGCGAAGGGGACAACAGCGCCCUGCGCGACCUGGUCGCCGCCAACACGGAGAUGCAGGCCAUCAAGAAACGCCUCAACUACGACAACCUGCCGCAGUCCAUGGCGCGACACCAGCCCGACGUGGGCGACUGCCGCGACAUGUUCCAGCAGGUCGCCGACAUGGCCGCCGCCGAGCUGCGCGACAGCGAGAGCCUCCAUGUGAUUCACGGAGACUUUUGGACCGGCAAUAUCCUGCUUCCCGACGCCCCCAUUGGCUUGGGCGGGACAACACAGGUCUUUGUCGUUGACUGGGAAAUGGCACAGCUCGGGGUGCAGGCGGAAGAUUUCGGCCAGCUGGUGGCGGAGCUGUGGCAGCUCAAGCUUUAUGCGGGCAUCGAUGCCGGUAUCUGGAUCAUUGAGGGAUUUGCCGAAGGGUAUGGCAGGGUCGACCUUGCCUUUAUCUUGCGUGCUGUCGUCCACGUUGCGGCGCACUUGAUCGCUUUUGGCUCGAACACGCCCGGAUGGGGCACGCCGGAGCAGAACAAAGAGGUGGCCUUGGUCGGCAAAGAGACCCUGAAGAAGGCGUUGAGUAACGAUAUGCAGGCCUUUCGGGGGCACCCUCUCCAAACCCUUUUCAGGUACCUGGGCAUCAACGAUAUAAAGUUGGUUAAAGGGCAAAAUGGUGUUGUUGAAUAA